AUGGCGACCCACAGUGAUGCUGUCGACGAGUACUACUAUGAGGACUUGGAGCAAAAUGUGCAAGGCCCUUACCCGUGGAGCAAUUUAGACGAAUGGAGUAUGAAGGGAUGGUUCAAAGACGACGUCAAGGUGAAACGCGGCUCGAACGGGAAAUGGAUCACGUUGAAAGAGGCUCGGCUCGAACGGAUGGGCGCGAAGACUGCCGACGCGGCGGCCAAGGCUAUGCCGCCUCCCCCGGCGAAACCCUCGGCGCCGGCCGCAGGGAAUGGAUCGAACCUGGAUCUCUAUCCGAACUUCAAGCCGAGCGCAUGUUACACCGAGGACAUCGACGAUCGGAUCCGCCGCAUGAUCAGGGAGGGGAAGUUCGAUGCACAAAUAAAGGCUCUGCGAGCUGGACUUGAUGAGGACAAGCUGGUUGGAGACGUCAGCAUGGCCGCGUUGCGCGGAGUAGCCGAUGACAGCUCGAAGGAUGCCGCCGCCACCGAGAAGCAGGGUGGCGGCAAGAGGGGGCGGGACGAGGGGAAAGCGGGUGAGGAUGGCGACCAAGGGAAGAAGGCGAGGACGGCGGGGAAGUUUCCGGUUAAGGAGCCGAAGGUCCCGGUUGAGAUCCCGACGGAGAAGCAGGAUGUGGUCGACCCGAGGGUGAGGUCCGAGCCCCCGAAAUCCAAGGGUGGAAAGAAGAAGAAGAACACCGACGACGAGAAGCCGACGCUGGACCUGCCUCUCCCCAUCUUCGCCGAGGAGAAGGAAGCCGGCGAGGCUGCGCCCGAGGGAAAGACGGGGAAAACGAAGGAUGACGGGUACCAGUCGGACGAUAGCUGGGACAAAAAGCCGGGCAUCCUGGAGGAUCCGGAGGAGAUUGAGCGCGAAAAGAGAGAGAAGGAGCUCGAACGCGCGCGACGUGAGGAGGAGGCCAGGGCGGCGGAGGAGAGGGCCGCGCAGCUCGCGAGGGCGGAAGCCGAGGCGCGCGCGCGGAAAAAGGAGGAGGAAGAACUGCUGGCAAAGAUCGAUCCGGAGGAUCUCAAAAUCGCCAAGCUCGCGAGGGAUCCCCAGGGCGGAGACUGGUCCCUGCCCAAUCCCAACGACGGCUGGCGCUGGACAAAAGCUUGGUGGUGGAAGGAUGACGGUGGCUCGGAGGGCGGAUGA